AUGUUCUCGGUGACCGCGUUUUACCAGCCUGACAGCGUGGCUGAUCCUAUGACCUCGGCGUUGUAUGCAGGGUUGCAUAGGUUUGCCUGGUGCGUUGGCACUGGGUGGCUGAUUAUCGCUUGUGCCACUGGCCAUGGAGGUUUCUUGAACAAAUUGCUGUCAUGGCGAGCUCUUGUCCCUCUUAGUCGAUUAACUUAUUGUGCAUAUUUGAUGAAUGGAUUGAUAGAAUUAUAUGCACUUGCCACUGUGAGAACUGGACGAUAUAUGAGUGUAUACACAUUGUUAUCCGACUGUCUGUCGCAUUUAUGCCUCACAUUUUUGGGAGCUCUCAUAUUGUGCGUAAUGUUCGAAUCACCGAUGCACGGUUUGCAGAAAAUUCUUAUAGACAAAUUUAUGAAAUCACCUAAAAAAUCUCAGGAGACAAAUAAUGAAGCGUGA